AUGGGCGGCCAGUCGCCUCGAGCCAUUGAACCAUGGGAGAUGCUUGCCAGAGUCAAACGUCGUAAACUCGGCCAAGGGGCUGCACUAUCUUCAACAUUAUAUACCACUGACCAUGGCGACAUCGCGGUAUCAACCGGCCGAUCUACGACGCCAAGUCGGGUCUCCGAGGCCCAAGGGACGCGGUUCAACGCCCCGCCUAUCCUAAAGCCUAAACAAACACUGACCUGGGAGUCUUUAGAAAAUAAAGAUACCUUGUGCCGGAACGUACUUAUUUAUGGCCAUUGUCGCUACGAAGACCAAGGCUGCGCGUUCAGCCAUGAUCAAAACAAAAAUAACUCCAAUUCAGAUAUGUAG